AUGAGCACCGCUUACCACCCACAAACCGAUGGACAAACAGAGGUCAUGAAUCGUUUGUUGGGUAAUAUGUUCCGUAGUGUCGUCGGAGAUAAUAUCAAGUCAUGGGAUUCGAAACUUCCACAGGUGGAAUUUGCGCACAAUCACGCAAAGAAUAGGAGUUUGGGGUUUUCUCCAUUUCAGGUUAUCUAUGGGAUCGUUCCUCGGGGUCCGUUGGAUCUUACAGUGGUUCCUGACUUGACACGGAUGCAUGGCGCAGCGAAGGAUUUUGUGGAAAGCUUGCAGGAAACACACUCUGCAGCUAGAGAGAACCUGCAACUCUCAGCCGUGCGUUACAAGACAGCGGCAGAUAGACAUCGCAGGGAGGUGCUUUUUGCUCCAGGAGAUAUGGUUUGGGUGUACUUGACUCGCGAUCGCCUUCCCGCUCAUGAGUACAACAAGCUGAAGUCGCGAAAGAUAGGUCCGGUGAAGAUUUUGGAGGUCAUCAAUCCUAAUGCUUAUCGUUUAGACCUCCCGGCGAGCAUCAAGACGGCAAAUGUUUUCAAUGUCAAGUAUCUGAGUCCGUUCCACGGUGACAACGACAAUCAAGAUUCAGAGGCGAAUCUUCUCCUACAUGGGGAGACCUGA